AUGGAACCAGUCGAUCGUCGUUCGAUUAUUAUUUUAAUCAACGAAAGAUCUCCUAAACUUCGUAAAAGCUUUUUCUAUUCUGGUAUGAUGUUUCUCAAUAAUAAUAUCCCAGCAUUUUCACUAUUUGAGGAUCUGUUGGAAGCAAAUUCGAGUACAACGGACAACUCUUACACAAUACAUACUGGUUGUCGAGAAUUUACAACCAUCACAGUCACUACAAUAGAAAAUAUGCCCAAUCCUUGGAAGAAGUCUGAUCGUGUUGCAUUUAUUGCUGGAAAUCCUUUAAAUGAACAAUCUGAGGGAAUUAUCCACAUGUUUGCAAAGCCCAUUAAAUCGUCACACAAAAAUACUGUCCAGUCUGAAAUGCUUUGCAUUUUGGGAAUUCCCUGUAGCGUCACGGUUAAGGAUUUAUUAGAUUUUAUUUCACCAAUGAGCGGAAAUAUAAUAGAAUUAAAAGUGGUCAAAUCUAAUCGAGUUGGCCAUUAUAUGGCACUUUUAAUGUUCAAGACUCCCGAAGCGACAGACCAGUUCUACGAAGCCUUUAACGGAUGUAAAUACAACAGUUUUGAAUCUGAUACCUGUCAGCUGUGCUAUGUUUCACAUGUUGAGGCAAUAACAACCUCCCCAAAUGGAUCUUUUGGCGCGUCCUUUCCAUUGAAGGGUAGGAUUGAGCUUCCUUCUUGUCCCGUGUGUCUUGAAAAACUUGAUGAACCAGUUGCGGGAAUUUUGACAACCAUCCUCUGUAAUCACAGUUUCCACGGCCAAUGCAUAUCUAAAACUACUGAUACAGUAUGUCCAGUGUGUCGAUAUGUCCAAUCACCGGAGAUGCAGGAGGAGAGCAAGUGUGCUGACUGUGAUUUGAGGGAGAAUUUGUGGAUUUGUCUAAUAUGCGGGAAUCUGGGCUGUGGGCGUUAUGGUCACAAACACGCCUACGCGCACUUUGAAAAUACCGGUCACACAUUUGCUCUGGAAGUUACUACCAAUCUGGUCUGGGACUAUGCCGAUGAUGCCUAUGUCCACCGAAUCGCCGUUAACCUCGAAGAUGGCAAGCUAGUUCAGGUGGGUGAGGGGGGCGAGACAGGAGACAAGAAGACAGACAAUCUAUGCAUGGAGUUUAGUGCUCUCCUCGUGAGCCAAUUGGAUUCUCAACGACAGUACUUUGAGGGUCAAUUGAAGGCCGUCAGCGAACAGUCUGCGGAGCGUAUCUCGAUUAUCGAAGCCGAUCUUGAGAAGACCAAUCGGACCCUCACCGACUUGGAGACCAGACUUGCCACUGUAACCAAGGAGAAGAAUGCACUCUCACAGAAGUUUGCCACCAGCAAUUCGUUGGCUCAGCGUCUGCACAAGGAGUUGUCGGAGGAGCGGGCGUUAAUUGCGGGAUUGUCAAGUAGUGCAAGCACCUGGGAGGAGCGCGCUAAGAAGGCGGAGAAGGAGUUGGCGGCUGCUCGGGAGGAAUUAGUUGACCUCCUCCUCAAUCUCGAGUUGCGCGACAAAAUUGCCGAGGCCUCCGCUGCUAAUAACGUGGGUUUCCCUUCUCUUGUGUCCCCUUUGCAAUGCCCACCUUAUCUCGCAUCUUUACAAUCGUUGGGAGCAACUGCUGUGAUCACAUCAGGAGAGUUAGAAGAAAGUGAACUUACUGUGAAGGAGCCGACCCAACGUCCAAGACGACGUCGAAAAAAUCGCUAG